UAUAAAAACGCAACGAUUGCAAAUAAGUUUAGUGCGCGAACGUAAGGCGAAUGUAGCGCAAAUGUAAAAAAAUUAGUACAUUGCUGUACGCAAGAGUGUGUGUGAGUGUGCCUCUAUAUGGCAAUGUGUGUAUGUAUUUUCAAUCUUUCUAAAAAAAAAAAAUUAAAGAAAAUCUACGAAGAAAAACGCAAUCAAACGGCAAUUGUGUGCGUAUUAAAGUGCUUUUGUGAAAAAUUCUAAGCAAAUUCUAACGAAUAUGUAAUGGAACAUGAAUAUUUACAUAUUUCAACUGAGCUGUUCGUGAGUGCAAGUGUGCGUGUAUCACUAUGUCUCUGUGAGAGUGUGUGUGUGUUGCUUUUCCUAGCUCCCCCCGCCUGCGCACUCACACAACGAUAUCGUAGCUGGGCAACAUCUGCGCGCUCGUUACUUUACUACAAAUCGGAUUAAAUUCUUCAGCUGCAACUGCUCCAUUCUAUCAAGUUGGCGACAUCGAAUGUGGUAUAUUAUUAAUUAAAAUUCCGUCAGGCCGUUGUGUGUACUGUGGGUUCAAAUCAAUUCAAAUCAAAAAUCAACAAUAUUAAAUAAAAAGCAAACAACAACAAAAAAAAGAAUCGUGUACAAGUGACGUCGUAAAUAUUGAUUAUAAAAAUUAAAAAUAAAAUAGAACGCAGACCUGACAAAUUUAUAUAUACACGCCUACUUAAAUCCUAUAUAUAUAUUGAUCGGUGAAUUUAUUUACAUGCAAAAUGAAUCUUGUGGAGCAUCUGCGGCAAGCAACCGCAAAACGAAAAUACACAUAAAAACAAAUGAUUAAAUAUACAUAUAUACACGGGUGUGUGUGUGUGUGUGUGCAUAGAUAAAAUUAUCUGUGUACAGCAAUGUUAAUAAUAUAAUGCAAAUUAAGUGCCUUAACAAAAAAUAAACAACAACAAACUGAAAAGCAGUAAACGUCUACAACAAAAACAAAAAAUAAAAAUGUAUCUUUAUUAAAAAACUAACAACGGCACUUGAAUAGAGCCAAAAUAUGCAGCUAAAAGAUUCGUGCACACAGACACAGACAAACGUGAAAAGUAUUUAUUUAAAUUAAAUUGUUGCUGCUGUUUGCUGAGCGCAUUUUGCUCUCAAAGCAGACUAAGAGAGCGAUCGAGAGAGAGAGCGCGAGAGCGAGAGCGUGGCUGUUAGUGUGUGUGGGUGGCGUGUCGAGCGUAUUUUGUGAUAUGAGUGCUAAAUAUCACGGAGAGCAUAAAAAUGCAUCCAGCGGGCGACAAAAGGGGCGGUCGCCCCAAUGAUAAAUACACAGCGGAGGCGCUCGAGAGCAUUAAACAGGAUCUAACACGAUUUGAAGUACAAAAUAAUCAUAGAAAUAAUCAGAAUUACACACCACUGCGAUACACGGCCGCCAAUGGUCGCAAUGAGGCGCUCGAUUACCAUCAUGCCAAGCUGCCGCUGGAGCCGCCUGGAACGGCAUCGAUGUCGGCGGCGUCUCCCUCACCUGACGGUGUGCUGGUGGCGCCGCCACAGCAGCCGGUUGCCGUGGCCGUUGCACUGCCCACGGCCAACGGACACGUGCCAAAGAUGAUCAAUGCCAUGAUACCGCCGAAGCUGAUACGCAAGCCAAGCAUUGAACGCGAGACGCCAACGCACUAUCUGCGCUGCAGUCCGGCGCUGGACUCCGGCGCCGGCAGCUCACGCUCCGACAGUCCGCACUCGCAUCAGCAGCUGAGCGGCCGAGCGAGCACCGGUCAGUACUCGCCCUCGCCCAGCAGCUUCAGCGAUGCAGCACCGCCGGCGCCGCCACCACGCAAUCCAACGGGCGUCAGCUCAGCGACGCCGCCGCCGGCUCCACCUACCAAUCAGAUAUUCAAGCGACGCUCCCCAGCACUCAAUCGCCCGGCGGCCAUAACGCCCAGCGUGGUGGUUGCCAGCGCGCGCGGCACCUCGCCGGUGAUUCCACAGAAUAACGGCGGCAUCAAGACGCCACAGCAGCUGACGCAGCAGAUGAAGGCGCUCAAUAUGUACGCCAGCGCCAGCAGCGGCGUCGUCGUCGAGCCACCGCCGCCCUAUUUGCUCAAUAGCGUACAGGGUGUGGGCGUGGGCGUAAGUGUUGCCGUCGGCGUAGGCGCUCCUCCGCCCAGCUACACGGCUUCGAUGCAGUCGCGCCAGUCGCCCACGCAGUCGCAGCAGUCCGACUAUCGCAAAUCGCCCAGCAGCGGCAUCUACUCGGCCACCUCGGCGGGUUCGCCCAGUCCCAUAACCGUUAGCAACAGCAGCGGCAUUCUGCCCGCCGCUGCCGGCGUCGCCAGACCACAGCCGCGUGCCUACCAAGCGCGCACCCAGCAGCCCAUCAUCAUGCAGAGCGUCAAGUCGACGCAAGUGCAGAAGCCGGUGCUGCAAACCGCCGUGGCGCCCCAAUCGCCCGUCAACGCCUCCGCCAGCAACUCGCCCGUGCAUGUGCUGUCCGCACCGCCCUCCUACCCACAAAAGUCACCAGCUGUGGUGCAGCAACAGCAGCAGGCCGCAGCCGCCGCACAGCAGCAUGCCACGUUGCCUGUUGUGGUCGCUGGAGCGGUCAAGCCGCCGACGCCCACGACGCCGCCACUGCUGGCGGCUGCACUUAAUGGAGGAGCUGUUAUCACCAAAGCUGCCUGCAUGGAGCCGCCUUCCUAUGCCAAGAGCAUGCAGGCCAAGGCAGCAACAACACCGCAGCAGCAGCAGCAGCAACAGCAGCAGCAACAACAAUUGCAGCAGCAACAGGCGCAGCAACAACAGCAGCAGCAACAGUUGCAUGCGCUACGCGCGCUGCAGGCGCAACAGCAACUUCAACAGCAGCAGCAGCAGCAACAGCAGCAGCAACAAAAGCAACAAUUGCCUGUGAGCAGCAAUGGCAAUGCCGGACGCCAGUUGCCGCCACCGCCGCCUUAUCAAAAUGUGCGUGUCACCACGCCCGAGCUGUCGUCUGGCGGCAACAACAACAACAACAACAACAACAACUUGACUGUGGACAAGCCGCCUGUGAGCAUCAACAACAACAUACAGAUCAGCAACAGCAAUUUGGCCACCACGCCGCCCAUACCGCCAGCCAAAUACAAUGGCGGCAAUAGCGUCAGCGCCAAUGGCAACAGCUCGGGCGGCAGCAAUGGCUCUGCAAGUGCAGCCAGCGCUGCUGGUGCGGCCGCCGCCGCCGCUGCCUGCAAAAAGAUCAAGCACGCCUCGCCCAUACCCGAACGCAAGCAAAUCUCCAAAGAGAAGGAGGAGGAGCGCAAGGAGUUCCGCAUACGCCAGUACUCGCCGCAAGCAUUCAAAUUCUUCAUGGAGCAGCAUAUUGAGAAUGUGAUCAAGUCGUAUCGCCAGCGCACCUAUCGCAAGAAUCAGCUGGAGAAGGAAAUGUUGAAGGUCGGACUCUCCGACGAGACGCAGAUCGAGAUGCGAAAGAUGCUCAAUCAGAAGGAGAGUAACUAUAUUCGCCUGAAACGCGCCAAAAUGGACAAAACCAUGUUCGUCAAAAUCAAACCCAUUGGCGUGGGUGCCUUUGGUGAGGUCACCCUGGUGCGCAAGCUGGACACCUCCAAUCAUUUGUAUGCGAUGAAGACGCUGCGCAAGGCGGACGUACUCAAGCGGAAUCAGGUGGCGCAUGUGAAAGCCGAACGUGAUAUUCUGGCCGAGGCCGAUAACAAUUGGGUCGUGAAGCUCUACUAUAGUUUUCAGGAUAAGGAUAAUUUAUAUUUCGUCAUGGACUAUAUACCUGGCGGUGAUCUAAUGUCACUAUUAAUCAAGCUGGGAAUUUUUGAGGAACCGCUGGCUCGUUUUUACAUAGCCGAAGUCACUUGUGCCGUGGACAGUGUUCAUAAAAUGGGUUUCAUUCACAGGGAUAUCAAGCCUGACAAUAUACUCAUCGAUCGUGACGGACAUAUAAAACUCACUGAUUUUGGUCUCUGCACAGGCUUUAGAUGGACGCACAACUCCAAGUACUACCAAGAGAACGGCAAUCACUCGCGUCAAGACUCAAUGGAACCUUGGGAGGAAUAUUCAGAGAAUGGAGCCAAGCCAACAGUGCUGGAGCGCCGACGCAUGCGUGAUCACCAAAGAGUGCUGGCGCAUUCGCUGGUCGGCACACCCAACUAUAUAGCGCCUGAGGUGCUGGAACGCAGCGGCUACACGCAGUUGUGCGACUACUGGAGCGUUGGCGUCAUACUCUACGAGAUGCUGGUGGGUCAGCCGCCGUUCUUGGCCAAUAGCCCCAUGGAGACGCAACAAAAGGUCAUUAACUGGGAGAAGACGUUGCAUAUACCGUCACAAGCUCAAUUAUCGCGUGAGGCUACGGAUCUUAUACGGCGACUGUGUGCGUCGUCUGAUAAGCGUCUGGGCAAGAGUGUGGAUGAGGUAAAGUCGCAUGACUUUUUCAAGGGCAUUGACUUUGCCGAUAUGCGCAAGCAGAAGGCGCCGUAUAUACCAGAGAUCAAGCAUCCAACGGAUACAUCCAAUUUCGAUCCAGUUGAUCCGGACAAGCUGCGCUCGAACGAUUCAAAUUUGAGCAGCGGCGAUGAUAUCGACCUAAACGAUAGGCCAUUCCAUGGAUUUUUCGAAUUUACCUUUAGAAGAUUUUUCGAUGAUCGACAGCAUCCGGACAUGUCGGACGAUCAGGUGCCGGUCUAUGUCUGAUCCGAACCAAUGUCAAUUAAAGCACACACACACACACACACACACAUGCAUAAAUAUCAUUAUAAUCAUUGUUUAGUCAAAUAGUCACAAAAUGUGCGCGCGCCGUUAACGGUUAACAGUGUGUUAACAGUGUGCCAACAGUACAUUAACAGCGUUGCAGCAGGGCGCUGUAAAGUCCAAGCAACGGUUUUCUUUUUAUAAACAAAUUAUUCACUUAGUGUUUUAGUUGAAUUUGUUGCCAAAAAGUUGAGGCACUCAGCAAUGAUGUUUUAGUUUCUGGCAUUAUAACUGGCAAGUAGGAUGAACUACAUGCAUAUACAUAUAUAUAUAUAUAGCAUAACACAUACAUAUUUAUAAAUUAUAUACGGUUGGUUAGAAUGGGACCUAAACAUAUAGAACUACAAACAUAUAUAUAUAUAUGCUUGAUUGCAUGAACUGAAUAAAUUUAAAUUAAAUGAGUCAUAACUUUUGAUUUUUUGUUAACUAAAGAUCUACAAUACAAGUAGUUAUGUACGUUGAUGAGAAUGCAUGAAUAUUACAAUUUAUAUACACACAUAUAUAUAUAUAUAUACAAUUCAACCAAUUUCUGGUGCUCAAAAGCUAUAUACUAUACUAUAGACCACAGCUUAUGCCUUGAAUGGAGUAACAAGGUUAACUUCACUACAAAACUCAUAGGAGAAGCGAAUUUAACUAAGCCUAAAACAGAUUUCACAUACUAUAUACAAACUGGAUCAAUUUAAUAUAUAUAUUGUGCUACAUAUGCGGCUACAACUAUUUCAGCAGGCUGGAUAGUGUGUUAGCCCGUUGGUGGGACAAACUACUUGAAACUUUAGAUUGACAAUCAUUUGUGCAGAAGCUACAACCAACACUCGAGAGCUGCUCGCACACAGCAUCGCACCAAGUUAGCGAUAUAAGCGGGUCUUAUAAGCCUACAACUACAACUACAACUUCACUAUAUAUACACACAUAUAUAUAUAUUAUGCCCGCGGGCGUGUUAUUAUCUAUCACUGCUCACACUCUAUAUAUACAUAUAUAUCUUCGCAUAUCUAGUGCGUCGUCCCCACACACAAAGAACAAAUUAAAUUGUAUCUAUCCUAUACAGUUUCUAUGCAUAUACAAUAAUAUUUUUUUAUCAUUAUACGAGCAAUGUUAGACCUUACUUGUUGA